AUGGCGGCGUCCCCUUCAGCUUCCCCCAGUCUGUUUGGUGAUAUAUCGGUUGAUCAUGCUGUCGCAGGCUUCGGUGCAGGUACAGUAGCUACCUUGGUGAUGCAUCCACUGGAUCUGGUCAAAGUACGAUUUCAGCUGGCCGAUAACUCAUCUACCCCUCACCCAUCCAUCCCUUCUUACAAUUCGAAAUCAACGUUGCCUCAUCAUCUGCGGAAACCUAGAUUUGGAACAGGUGUGUAUACAGCGUUGAAGGAUGCCGUGCAGGUAGAUGGAUGGAAAGGUCUGUAUAGGGGCUUAGGACCGAACCUGGUGGGAGGAGCAGGUAGUUGGGGGUUGUAUUUCUUGUUCUACAACAUGAUCAAAAAACAGAUGCAAGGUGGAGAUCCGAACUAUCGAACGACCAGUGGUCAGCAUCUGCUGGCAGCUGCAGAAGCGAGUGCUGUAACCGCCAUGAUGACGAAUCCGAUAUGGGUGGUGAAGACGAGGGUAUUUGGAACGGCCAAGCAUGAUGCAGCUGCUUAUCGAGGUUUAUGGGACGGCCUCACUUCGAUAUAUAAGACAGAGGGGCUUCGUGGGUUAUACAAAGGUUCUUUGUUGGCUUUGGUAGGGGUAUCCAACGGCUCGAUCCAGUUUGCUACCUACGAAGAAAUCAAGAGGCGGAGAGCUGAUUUAAAGAAGAAGAGGUUCGCCAAAGAAGGAAGGGAAUGGAGGACGGAGGAUGAGAAGCUGUCAAAUACAGAAUAUAUAUUAGCAUCAGGUUCAUCGAAACUUGUGGCCAUAGCUCUAACAUAUCCUUACCAGGUGAUACGAGCUAGGAUACAGAACUCGACCCCAUCACCUACCCUUCCUCGAUUGACCAUCCCGUCUGUCAUCUCAUCGAUUUACAAGUUCGAAGGCCUAUUGGCAUUCUAUAAAGGUCUGGGCACCAAUGCCCUGCGUAUAUUACCUGGAACAUGUACGACAUUUGUCGUCUACGAGAACUUGGUAUGGGCAUUCCGAGCUUUAGCAUUGAAGCGACAGGAGGAAUAA